GUGUCUUUAAACAGUCUUGUCUUUUCAUGUAGUUUUCAUUAGCCACUGACGGUCCAUGGAGGUUAAACCUGGCCUGGUUUAACUCUUUGAGGAUGGCAGAUUGUUCUAGUUCACAUGCAUUUGAUGCAGCCUCAAUGAAGUAAUCAUUGUUCUGUUAACUAAAUAUCACAUUGUAAUUGCAAAAUCCUACAUAUGUAUUGAAAAGAAAAUCUGAGCCCCGGCUUCUAUUCAUACCUGGACAUGGGCCAGGGAAGAGUAGGUGUGAGGGUCUCUGUUGGGCUGGUUCCCCUGUCUACGCCCCCACCACCUCCACCGCACCUGAGGUGACCCCAGCUUCGACCAGUCAGGCUUGAGAUAGUAGAUGAUGCCAUCCAGGGCGCCAGACAGCAGCAUUCCACGCACGAGCAGCACAACGAGAACCACGUAGGGGAAUGUAGUGGUGAAGUACAUGAUCUGGAGAGCCGGGUUGCUCAGAGGGGCCCCAUAGCACCCACCUCCUCCUUAGAGGCCCCCAGCGUGGGCAGCCUGAGGCGGGCAGGCCACGUCCCCCACCACGGGACAGCGUGGUCAGAGGUCAGAAGGGAGGCCAGUGGGAAGACCCCCUCGUCCUCCUCAGAGCCAUGGCUCCUCCCAAAGGAAGCCAGGUGCUCCUCGGGGGCACCAGCAGCCCCAUGGUAUGCACAGGUAAGCCGAGAGGGAGAGCAGAGGCAGGACUGUUCCUGAGGAGGGGCAGGUCCUACACCUCCUAUGCCCUAGUCUCCAGGUCAUCCUCUGAGGAGGGGACCUUGGUUGCUGGGAUUAAAAGUAGGUCAGCAAGAGACACAAGCAAGAGUGACAAUGACCACAGGAAAAUAUCGAGUAGGGGGUCUGUUUUCAAAGAAACAUGGGGGUUACAUAGGACUCUGAGCGGCAGAUUCCAUGCGGGAGUACUUAUCAGUUAAACGCCCUACCGGAUAUCUGCCACGGAUUGGCGGGAAUCAUUCCUCAUUUGCGCAGGCGCCCCCUGGAGAUCCCGAAUUGCAUUGCGCAUGAGAGGGUGGAACUUCGUGAGAGGGCCUCAGUCCCUCAGCGGCGGGCUGAGAGUGCCGACAGAUUCAAGAUGGACUCUGAGGGGAACAGGGCAGUCGCAGCCGCUUUAGUACAGGCUGCCGACGAAGGUGCCGGUGAAGCACCUGGGGCACAGGGUAGCCCCGGCGGCCCUGAAGGCCUGGGCCUCGCAGGCAUUGCGGAAGGCCAAGGUGGUCCUGGCGGCCCGUGUGGCCCUAGUGGUGCUGGUGGCCCUGACGACCAGAGUGGCCCUGGCAGUCCUAAUGACCAGGACGACAACAACCAGGGAGGCCCUGGUGUCCUGGGCGGCCCUGGAGUCGGAGCGGAGGGAUCAGCAGCCGAAGAUGCUCCCAGUGUCGUGCGGGCGGCACAUGCUUCAGGGCCAGGUGGAGAUGCAGCAGCAGGCGCUGUAGGACCAGGAAACCAACAUGUCGUCUUCAUGGUCACUGUGCCUUUUGAGUCCUUUCUGGAGGCAGAGAUGGCCAGCCUGGCCAUGGAAACAGAUAUCCAACACCCCUGGCAGGGAGUUCAAAAGGAGGUCACAGUGAAUGGCAGCGUCCUGGUUGUCAGAUGGAUUGCUGAAGACACUGAUCGUCUCCGAGUUUCCAUUUACUCCUUCUUAGAACGGCUUUCCGUGGUGUUCCGGAACAUUCAGCUCAUUCGGCACCUCCUUCCAACAGGCAGCAGCCUCAUACAUCUCCUGUUUACUGUGUCUCCGAUUGCAUCAUUUCCUCGUGUUCCAGACAAACAGGUGAGACAGACAUCCCUAAAGGAGGUCCACACAGACCUUCCAAACAGGUGAGUGAGGAACAGAAAGGAACUGGGAUGGAGGGCAGAGACGGGACCCCCCGACACAGGGAAGGGGCAGCUGCUGCCCGGGGCUCUCCUUCUCAGGAGAGAAGGCUGCUGGGCCUGGAUUUGGAGAAGGGGGAGGAUUGUGCAGCCAUGGGGUGGGGAUCAAGUGACCCGGGUUGAAGUACCUGCCCCCUACUUGGACCCAGACCUUAUUCUAGUCACCACCUGUUGCAACACUGGUUCCUGGCAGAGACCCCCACCAAAAGGCAAUGCUGCCCCAGCCUUGCUGUCACUCCCAGCUCUCCGUGUCCAGCUGUACCUUCCCUGUUGACUUGACCCAGACACAGAAGUGAACCAGCACUCAGCAGGCCGGCAGACACAGGGUUCCAUCCCAGUUGAGGGCCCUUGGCACCUCCCGCCCCGAGCAACCAGAAGACAUUGGCCCUGGGGAGAGGAAGAGCCCGUGAGGGCUGUGCCAGCAGAGGGAAAAGCGACUGGGAGCCGUCCCAGUGGUGGUGCUCCCCCUCCUGCAGCCCUUGUGACCAGCGGGUCUCUCCUCAGCACCUGGGGCGGCCCUGGUCCAAGCCUGCCCUUUGGAAGCAUCUCUGUUUGUGCCUGGAGCCCCGGAGUUUGUCCUGGGGAGAGGCGGUAGGGCUUGCGGCCAUCCCCCUCCCCCAGUCUGGCUGUCACCACAGAGUAAUAGUGCCCACUGUGAGAAAUGGUGCAGAAGGAGCAAGGCCCACACAUCCUGGCUCCCACAAGGCCUUGGCUUGGGGGGUCCCCCGAGGGCAGGCAGGGCCCAAUACUGACUCCUGCUGGGAAUACCCCUGGGCUGGGCCACCUCUGCAGCCCAGAGAAAGAGGCAGGCCCAGCCUGGCCCAGAGACUCCUGACUCACUCCCAUAACUCGAUGACAGGGGAAACGCAGUCAGCCUGCCACACUUGGCUGGCACUGGCACAGGCUUAGAGGCUCAUGGUCAAGCAUGAGGCCGGGCAGGCUUGGCGGCGAACACUCACGUGCACAACAGCCUCACAAGGGGCGACUCUGGAGUGGUGGCAAGACAUGUUCGCGCAGGCGCGCUGGGGAAACCAACUGCCGCUAACCGCCAAGGGGCGGAGCUUCCUGAAGGACCCCUGAAGUUCAACUGUUCAGCCUGUGUUCGGAGUUUGGAAGUAGAGGCUGAGGUACCAUGC